AUGAACCAGAAAAGAUCGGCCUCACCACCUAGAGGCAAUCUAUGGCCAAUUAGAAAUACUAAGACCUCUACUAUCCUGCAUUUCUUACCAAAAAGACCAGAUUAUAAGAUUUCUAUAUUUGCUUAUUUAGUAUCUUCUGUUUUUCUAUCUUUCAUGAACAACUUCUCGAAGGUUACUUGGCCAAUGGUCUUCGGUGGAAGCUUUAAAACGUUAACCUUAAGUUUUGAGUUCUGUUCUGCUUGUAUAAUUUUAAUGGUUGGUUUUGGCUCUCUGAGUACUGAUUUAUGUUCUGUUCUGCUUAUGGAACCUGAUUUGGUGAUUCAUCAAAUCGAUAGCCAACUUGAGCCUGCAAAUGGCCAAGAACAAGCUGAUGUGGAAGCAUUAAAUGCUAGUCAAGAAGCUAUACCUGACCCUGUCCUUGUUUCUGAUGGCCAAAAGGAAAAUGCUAAUGUGGAAGCAAAUCAGAAAAAGAGAAAAGUAUCACAACAAAGAUCAGUGGUAUGGGACCACUUUGAUUCCAUUAAAGAUACAAAGGGUGUGAUCUUGCAAGCAAAAUGUAAGCAAGCCCUUUUAUCUUUUCAGCCUGUUGUGAAUGAUGGUUGUGUUGCUGCUCCUGAAAUGUUUAAUGUUGCUUCAUGGAAGUUUGAUCGAGAUGUAAUUAGGCAAGCUGUUGCAUAUAUGAUUAUUGUUGAUGAAUUGCCCUUUAAGUUUGUUGAGAAACAGGGUUUUAGGAAGCUAAUGAGUGUUGCUUGUCCUCUGUUUAAAAUUCCUUCUAGGUUUACUGUGAAUAGAGACUGUUAUUCCAUGUUUGUUGAAGAGAGAUUGAAAUUGAAAAAUAUUUUGAAAACAAGUACACAAAGAAUUAGUCUAACUAGUGAUUCAUGGACUUCCAAUCAAAGACUAAAUUACAUGUGUGUCACUGCCCAUUACAUUGAUGAUGAUUGGAAGCUUAAUAAAAAAAUCAUCUCUUUUGUGCCUUGUUCUAAACAUAAAGGAGAGCAUUUGGCUAAGGCAUUAGAAACUUGUUUGCAAGAGUGGGGGCUUAAAAACAUUUUCUCUGUGACCCUUGAUAAUGUUGAGAAUAAUACUGCUGUUCUGACUUUCUUUAUGAAAAAAUUGUUGACUUGGGGGUGUACUUCUGUAAGAUGUAAAUAUGCACACAUGAGAUGUAUUGCUCACAUCCUUAACCUUGUUGUUUCUGAUGGUCUAAAGGAGUCUGGUAACUCAUUUGAAAAGGUUAGGAGGGCAGUUAGAUACAUUAAAAAUUCACCCCUAAGAUUGAGUAAAUUUAAAGAAUGUAAAGAGUCAACUGAAACUGUGUGUAAGCGUUCGUUGUGUCUAGAUGUCCCAACUAGGUGGAAUUCAACUUAUCUUAUGUUGAGUACUGCUUUGUUGUAUCAAAAGGUGUUUGAAGAGUAUGAGGAAAUGGAGUCUAGUUUUAAGAAAGACUUGGGUGAUGAUGUGCCUAGUAGUAGUGACUGGGAAUAUGUUAGGGAGUUAUGUGGUAUGUUAGAGUGUUUCUAUAAAAUGACAUUGAGAAUUUCUGGUUCUCUUUAUGUGACCUCUAACAACCAUUUUAAUGAGAUAUCUGAUCUGUCAACAAUUCUCCAAGAUUGGAUUGCUUCUACUGAUGUGUCUCUGAGGGCCAUGGGACUUAAAAUGAAAGCUAAGUUCAAUAAGUACUGGGGUGAUCCAAUAGUUAUGAACAAAUUGAUCUUUUUUGCUAACAUUUUAGAUCCCAGGAAUAGAGUUGUGUACAUGGAAUAUACCUUGAGUGAGAUGUAUGGUGCCCUAGAAGGGAAAUUUUUGUUUAAGUGUGUGAUGGAUGACUUGGUUGAGUUAUUUAAUGACUAUGAUGUGCAAUACAAGAAAGAAAUGGCUGUUGCUGGCCAGACUGGCUCCUCAUCUGAAACUCAGGGCCAAUUCUCUCAAGCCAAUUCUGUGUUAAAAGAACGGUUCUUGCAGCAAAUGUUGGAGACUGGUGGUGUGGGUGGAAGCAAGAAAUCUGAACUUGAUAUUUACUUAAGUGAGGCAGUAGCUCCUAAUGAUGGGAAUUUUGAUAUUCUGAGAUGGUGGAAGUACAAUUCUCAGAGAUUCCCAGUCCUAUCCAGGAUUGCUAGAGAUGUACUUGCAGUACCAGUCUCCACAGUUGCUUCAGAGUCUGCUUUUAGCACUGGUGGUAGAGUGCUUGAUGAUUUUAGGAGUUGUUUAACUCCUAAAAUUGUGGAGGCUUUAAUUUGCACUCAAGAUUGGCUAAGGGACCCCUCAAAGCCUGUUUCAAUUGAGCAGACUUUGGAAGAAUUGGAAGAGCUAGAAGCAGGUUUUCAAGAUCCAGCAAAUGCUAAAAAUGAUUAA